AUGACUGGCGGUGUGUACGGCUCCGCUAGAGGAACCCGCAAUCCGCGGCGAGAUCGGAACAGAAACGGCGAGGAGGAGAACAGCAAAGGCAGCCAUGGCAGCCAGCAAUCAUCCGGGGCCGGUAGCGGCGGUCGCGGCACCGAGGGUUCGCCCAGUGGAGGGGACGCGCCGGGGUCAACAGCGUGGGCGAUAGAUUUCUCCGAGGUCGAGUUGGGCGAGUUGAUAGCCACGGGAUCGUUCGGCGUGGUGCAUUCGGGAACGUACAGAGGCUCGCGCGUCGCGAUAAAGUUUUUGCUCUUCCCUGAAGCUUCAAGCGAGGAUGAGUUGAAUCGCGCGAAGCGGGGGUUCCGGCAAGAGGUGUCCGUGUGGCAUAAACUCAACCACCCCAACGUCGUUCAGUUCCUAGGGGCGUACAUCAACCCGCCCAAGUGGGCCAUAGUCACAGAGUUCCUAGACGGCGGCACAGUCAAGGGCUUCCUUUCGCGUCUGGGCAAGCGCCGCCUGUCGCUCAAGCAGAUAGCGGCCAUGGCUCUGGACGUGGCGCGAGGCAUGCAGUACCUGCACUCCAACAACAUCAUCCACAGGGAUCUCAAGUCAGCCAAUUUGCUGCUGAACUCGUCUGGGCUGGUCAAGGUGGCGGAUUUCGGGCUGGCAAGGACAGAGGCUCAGGAGCCGGGCAACAUGACGGCUGAGACGGGCACCAUCAGAUGGAUGGCGCCAGAGAUGAUCGACCACCAGCCCUACACUCGUAAAGUCGACGUGUACAGCUAUGGCAUCGUGCUGUGGGAGAUCUGCACGGCCCAAUGGCCCUUUGAAGGGCUCUCCUUUGUGCAACUCGCACACGCCAUCGUCGCAGACAACCUCCGGCCUCCCACCAAGGACUGCCCCAGUCAGAUCACGAAGCUCGUCACGCGCUGCUGGGACAGGGACCCAGAAAAGAGGCCCGACUUUGAUGAAAUUGUGGCUUAUCUGGAGAGAAUCGGGGACGGGAGGAGCCGCAACAAGGUUGACGAUAUGAUCGUGCCUGUUCCCGGACCGGACGCCAGCGGCAAGCCACCUCUUGGCCCGGGGGGGAAGCCGACGAAUGGCGCGGCGCCACCUGGCUCUGGGCCGACAGGGGGAGGAGGAGGGGGGGGUGGAGCGGGGAACGACAGCUCACAGGAUGGGGUAGCUUCGCGGCAUGGGCCGAGGGAGGAGCCUCAAAUGGACAGCGGAUGGAAGAAGAUUCAGGUGGAGCCAAAGAAAGAGGCGAGCGGGUGUGGGUGCGUCAUCUUGUAA